AUGGCCACCGACCUCAUCAUGCCUGCUGUCAACGCACAGCAAGGCUAUCCUCAGUUCUACCCCAACCAAGCUCACCACACUCAGUACCAGCACCAGAACCACCACCGGUCGCAAUCCUACCAGAUCCCCCAGAACGGCGCCAACUACACAGGUGUCUCCUCCCUCAGCAGCAGCGGCUCGUCUGGCCACUCCCCGACCUCGCCCAAGACCUAUCACACCCGCCAAGCUCGGCCGCUCUUCAUGCCUGCGGCGCUGCGACCGAACGAGUUCCCUUCGAAGCCCAUACCGACUCCCAAGACUUCUCGCUCGGAAGACAACUCGCCCGUCGGCAGCCUUACGCGAUCCAAUACCAGUCUUCUCGGUUUCGCGGGCUCCGCUAUGUCGAGGUUAACUCGCCGAUCGACCGAUGAUAGCAGCAAGACUUUCGAGGACGAUGAGCUGGAUGUCGGUCUGUUCCCAGACGUGACCGCGAUGCCUACGAGGCAGCAUUGGAAGCCUGAUGCCGCCUCAACGGUAUGCGACGACCCAACCUGCAAGCGAACCUUCGGUUACUUCACGCGCCGCCACCACUGCCGCCGCUGCGGCAACAUCUUCUGCGACUUCCACUCGAGCAAGGUAGCGCCCCUCGACCAAGACGCAAACUACAACCCCCGCGGUACGCUCUCGCGCUCUUGCAACCACUGCCACGCCGAGUACCAAUCCUGGAGGAGCCGCAACAGCAGCCGCAACUCCAGCUCAGCUUCCUCCGAGGCCGCGGCGGGAAGUAACAACAACCACCUCAUAGAUUCCAAGGGUCCUGUUAAUCCUAUCGCUGCGGCCGCCUCGGCGUCCGAGCCCGCACUGGCGGGGUUGGGCCUGGCGAAGGGUGCGAGCGUCGCGGCCAGUGUGCCGAGGGACUGGAAUUGGAGCACGUUUUGA